AUGGCUCUGGAUUGGGUACUACCUUUAUUUAUCCUCCUCGACGCCUCAGCCUCGGCCAACGACCUCCUCCUUUCCCGCCCAGGCAAGGGGCGGCCUCUCGGGCGGCUGACAGGGACGGUCCCUCCCAAAGGAGGAGGAGAAGGACUGGAGCCUGGCCCUGGCUGCUCUUCUGCCCCAGAGAGGCGCCUUCUUUCCCUUCAGAGGAGCCCCUCUCGGCCGUUGCCUCCAGCGCAGAGCCUCCUCCUUCCUCCUCCAAUGGCUGGGCGGCCUGGGUUCCCGCUCACUCCCCCGCUGGAGAGGCUCCCCUCCAUGGCCCACUCGGCCCCUCUGCCACCGCCGCCUCCUGCGGGGCUCUUGCGAGGAGGACCCAGCCGCCGCCAGCCCAUUCCGGCCUAUGGCGCACGGGGCCCUCUUCCAAGGUGAUGAUGACUGCAUCUUGGAGAUCUGAUGGCAGUUCGUCUUUUUCCCAG